AAACCCAUCAACAACAAUAACAACUCAUCAAGAUGAAGCUAUUUACAACAUCAACAAAAACUGCAAAUAUUCUUAAAUUUGCUGCACUUGGCAUGACCUUAAGCAUAUUGUCUGUGGUAGUACUAGUCAGUGAUCCUGUAGCAUUGGUUGUUGAUUCGCAAUUGACAUUAAGAACUGGUUCGUUGUUAUUUAACCUAUGGAAGAAACCGCCAUUGGAAGUGUUCAUGAAGGUUUACAUGUUCAACGUAACCAAUCUGGAUGAAUAUGUGCGUGGCAUCGAUGCCAAACUGCGUGUAGCUGAGGUCGGACCGUAUGUUUACCAGGAAAUUCUGACAAAUCACAAUGUAACCUUCAAUGACAAUGGUACCAUAACCUAUAUGCCCAGACGGGAAGUAAAGUUCAUACGUGCCAAAUCGAUUGGUGAUCCCAAGGAUGAUUACAUAGUGGCACCGAACAUUCCGUAUAUGGGUGCAUCAUCGGCCGCAACAUCGCUGUCGACCUUUGCGGCAUUGGGUGUGAGCGCAUUGACACGCCAGCUGAAAUCGAAACCGAUGCUCAAGAUGUCCGUCUAUGAAUAUUUAUGGGGCUAUGAAGAUCAUCUAGUGGAAUUGGCCUCGAAAUUUGUGCCGAAUUUUAUUAAUUUUCGUAGAUUUGGCAUAUUGGAGAGAAUAUUCGAUGAGGGUGAUAAUACGGUGACAAUGAAAUUGCCAAAUAAAAAUAAAAAGAAAGAUGCCCAGCCAAAAGAUCCAAAUGAGUUGAGAGAUUACGCCUUGGAUACAUGGAAUGGCGGUGUGGAUGUGAAAUUUUGGACUAAAAAUAGGGGAAAUGUCACCAAUUGCAAUAGCAUACACGGCACCUAUGAUGGAACUUUGUUCCCCCGCCAAAUUGCCAAGGGUGAAACAUUUCGCAUUUAUCGCAAGGCCUUCUGUCGUGCCCUACCCAUUGUUUAUUCGCAUCCGGGAAAAAUUGAUGGUAUAGAGGCAUAUCAUUUUAAAUUGCACGAACGAGCAUUUGACAGUGAUUGGAAGGAUCCGGAUACAUCGUGUUAUUGUAGUCGCAAAAAGUGUUUGAAGAGGGGUUUGGGCAAUGUUACACCCUGUUAUUACAACAUACCUUUGGCUAUAUCAUUUCCACAUUUCUUUAAUUCGGAUCCCAGUUUAUUGGAAGGUGUUGAUGGCUUAAGUCCUAACGAAUCUAAACAUGGCUCGGAAGUUGCCAUUCAACCGCAAUUGGGCAUCCCAAUGAGAGUAUAUUCCCGGUUUCAAGUUAAUCUAAUGGUUGAUGACGUUAAAUUCAAUAGAGAAAUGUACAAGUUUCGUAAUACCGUUUUACCGCUUCUCUGGUUGGAAUUUGGCGUUGAAGAACUAACAACCGAAUUGAAAAUACUCCUGCAGCUGCUCUUUAAAGUGUGCCCCUAUUUACAGUAUGGCAUCAUUAUUGGCUUAUUUAUUGCCGGCCUAGCAUUUUUGGGUGCAUCCCUGUUCAAGUGUUUCCAGAUACCAACAUCGACGAUAACAUCAACGGCUGCUAUGGUAGCCACCAGUAUUAUACCAGCCGGAACUAACAACAGCAGUUGCAACAAAAUGCUGGCCCUGGCCGAAGAAACUAAAAAGAAAGCCCGUAGACUUAGUAAAGCGCAUGUGGCGUUUGCACCAUUGGUACCGCUGGUGCCACAAGUGGCUGGUGGUGAACAUCACGACGCCGAGGAGCAAGAACAACUACUUGAAAUGGAAUUGGAAUUGGGUGAACAGCAAGAGUUGCUCGACAUCGAGAUGGAACUGGAAAUGGAGAAGCAGAGCAGUACAUUUAUAUUGCCCGAAUAUAGAAAACAACAAUAA